AACACAUUACACAGUGUUUCUUCUGAGAGCUAGCUAGCCUCCAGUGAUUGAAAUCAAUAAAAACAGUCGGCAUGGGGCCCAGUGGGGGAAGAGAGAAAUUUCUACUACAGCAUUCAGUUUGCUUUCCACUUUCUCCGUCUUCCUAAAGUUAAACUUUGAACACCAAGACAAACUACUUCAUUUCAGCAUUCAGAAGAUUUUGAGGGGGUGGGGGGAAGACAGUGUUUUAAUUUUCCUUCUGCUUUCUGUGCUCCCUCUGCUCUCUUACGGAGUUCAGAAAAUGAAAGGGUUGUUUUUAAUUUGAAUCCUGCCUGGAAGAACUUCUACAGACAAGUGCAUCAUCCUACACUUCAGAAAAGGGAUGAAUUUUACAGUGAAAGGAUGUUAAGUGGUGAAAGAGAAAAGAAAAAAUGGAAUCUUAUUCAGCAAAAAGUACACUCACUGGAUAGAACGUCAACCACUGCUGUGAAAGCUUCUGAAACUGCAUUCAAAAGAGUAAGACCAGUACAAUACACAGUCUAAAGCAGCUGAAACUUAUAAAAAUACAUGCUCAACGCAAAAGACAGGAUCACAAGGAAAAUAGAGGAGAAAUGAGACAUUGGAGAUUCUGCUGAACUUAUUCUGAAAAAGCUUCCAAUACCAGGAAAAUGUUUCUGCCUGCUAUCAAGGAAUCCAUUUGCUACAGCCUCAAACAACAGGGACAUUCUUACCGGAGAGAAUCUAUACAGAUGAAUAAAUCCCUCAUAACAAUAAGGGAAACCAAAGCAUUUGAAGCACAGCUAUAAAAGGAACAAGACAGACCUUUUGAGUCUACUUCCUUUCUCUGAAAUGUUACUUACCAACUGUGUUUGGACCUUGAAGUACAGAGGAGUGUGCAACAUGAACUGAAGUUAGGAAAAGUAGAGACUUGAAAGACAUCUCUGAGAUGCAUGUUUCAAGUUGCUGGACACCAAGCCUCUCUGAACUCCUACAUUAUACUCACAUUAGGCUUAUCAUGAAAAGCUGGUAACCAGAAGGGAAGAUACAAAAGUUAAGAUCACUAUGUGGAGCUGUGAUGCUUUCAACAGUACCAAGAACAGCGAGAACCAGCAUCUCUGCCAUGACUUCCAUCUGGUUCUUUUCAUCUUUUCCCUACUCUACCUCAUCAUCUGUUUUCCAGUUGGCCUUUGUUACAAUGCCCUGCUGGUCCUGGUUAAUCUCUGUAACAAAGCAACUAUGACAAUGCCUGAUGUUUACUUUGUCAAUAUUGGAAUUGCUGGCCUCAUCAUCAGUGCCAUGGCACCAAUAUACCUUCUAGGACCUGCCAAUACAAAAUGGGCCAUCUGGAAUUUUAACAAUGAAGUUUAUAUUACAUUACUCAUUUUAUUCAAUAUUUCAUCUUUAGUUAUCAUGUACUCUACUACAUUGCUCAGCCUGGACUACUACAUUGAACGUGCUUUACCAAGAACUUAUAUGUCAAGCGUGUACAACACAAAACAUGUCUGUGGGUUCAUCUGGGGAGGAGCUAUGCUUACAAGUUUUUCAUCUCUCUUAUUCUACGUCUGCAAUCAUGUAUCCACUAAAAUAAUUGAAUGUUCCAAGAUGCAAAACAAAGAAGCAGCAGACGCCAUUAUGGUUUUUAUUGGGUAUGUCGUACCAGCUAUUGCUGUACUGUAUGCAUUUGUGUUAAUUUUGCGAAUACGUAAUGAGGCUACACCACUGGACCACGACACUGGAAGAUUAGAUCCUUCAGUACACAGGCUUUUGAUUGCUACAGUCUGUACACAGUUUACAUUAUGGACACCCUACUAUGUAACUCUUUUGGUAAACACAUUUAUUAAUGCUCAAGGAAAACUUACAGAUGAGAAUUACAUCCGAGUAUUACCUUUUAUCAAGAGUGUAUCAAAACUGUUGGCUUUCUCAAGUAGUUUUGUAAUGCCUCUACUCUACCGAUAUAUUAACAAAAACUUUCCCCACAAAUUACGACAGCUGCUUAAAAGAAUACACUGUGGAAAUCAAGGAUGUUCUCAUGAACGCACAGUAGUACAGCAAGUUAUGACGUAGGUAUGAAAGAAUCUCAUGGGGCUCAAUUACUGCAGUACUUUGUAUACGGUACUCAGUAUGUGACAAUGUUUUGUUGAUUCUUAAAGAUCACUUAUAUGGGAGCACCUAGCAAGGAGACUUGAAAAGAGCUUCCAUUAUAACUAAAUGAUUUACAGUUUAAACCUACAGAUAGUAAAAAUGGUUGCAAAAAAAUCUCUUAAGAGUCUGUCUACAUGUUAUAAUACCCAUGUUUUCCAGUAUUUUCAAUGCACUGAGUCAGUUAAAAAGCAUAAGCUUUGUCUUCACAGUUCUAAUAAUCCUGUUUGAAGAAAUCACUAAGGGGUUAAAUGAAGCCUUGAUUGAAUACACAGCACUUUGUUAUACAGGAAAAAGAAGUAUUUUACUCUCCAUAUAAAGGAACACAACUGUUUUAAUUUUAAAAGUAGAGCUAUUCUUGGUGGUGGCAAAGACAGCAUCUUUUCAAUGAAGAUGAUCUCUGUUAAAGAUCAGACUGUUCAACUAUAUGUUUUAAUAGCGAAGUGUUAAUUAUAAGUUACUUUAGUAUUUAAUUAAUUUGCUUCUUCUCCCUUCCCCAAAGAAGGGAAAAGGAACCUAAAAUGCAAUUCUAAGAAAGGAUAUUCUCAUGCAGACUUAGCUACAUUUUAAUAUCUUUGACAAAUCAAAUUUUCCUAGAUGUAACAAUUAACAAACAUGCAUUUAAGUCUUCAUUGCUCUCCGUGUAUCAUAAAAACAUUUCAAUGAUUCAGAAAUAUUUAUUAACUAUUUUCAGGGAACAAAGAGACAUUUGCCCUGCAUAUUAAAACGAAGGAUACAAUGGUUCAUGAAGUUAGAGUGAAAGUAAAAUGUAUAUGGUUGAAGAAUGUCUGGCUAAGUGUUAUGGUCCACAAAAGUUCAUGUAACUAGAGUGAAUUAUUUUAAACAAAUAAAUAUGUUUCUAAUGAA